UGAAGCACAGAGCUGAAGCUGAGCGCAGCUCCCGUCACAUUCUCUCUUCUCCUCCUGAGAGGCUCGCUGCAUUCCAGCGCUGUGGCGGCUUUCCCGUCCCAGAAUGACCUUGCUGUGAGAUUGACCGCGCUCCCAUCACACUGCAUUGGAUUAUUGGAAAUGUUUCUCUGUUGUGCGCUGUUGCUAUAGAGCAUGUGCUGGAAUGAGCAUUUGGACAGGAGUGCUGUGAGUAUGUAGGCGGAUUACUGAGGACGCUCAGAUACACAACGAGACGAUCCGGACAGAACAAAGCUCGGUGCAGAUUUGUUCAUGAGCAGGAAGAGGGACCAUCUUUUAUCUGUGCUCAACACCUAGCCCAUACCUGUUUAGCAGCUUUAGCAGAAGGAGAUAAAGCCCGGUUUGAUCUGGACUUUCCGUUUGGUAUUUAAGUUUGGUUUGCAAACAGCAACUCCAGCCUCCUCUUAUGUGUGUCUCCGUUCACACUCAGUUGCAUGAGGAUCAUUUUGGCUUUGCAUGGUAGAGAAAUACAAAUCAUUUCCCUAAGGCUUCUUUAGUUGGAGAAGAGUUCACAGCAGUUUGAUUCAUUUGGUUGUCAGCUCUUAAGAAACAGUACAAUUCCGCCGAUGCCCUUCAUGUCAUUCAUUUUUAUGAAUGUGCUUCCGUCUGUGAGGAUCUAGUCGCUCAUGGGAAUAGAUUCCUCCUGACCCACGCACACUUCCACCAUAGUAUUAAAGUACGGUACUGGAGAAAUAAAAGGAGCUAUGGCUUGGCUCCUCCGAAGGACCCUUCCUCGCUUCUCUCUGACCCUCACCCUCACUGUCCUCCUCUCCUGCUCCCGCCCGGUUCUAGGCAAGAAGAAGCUCUACAUCGGAGCCCUGUUCCCCAUGAGCGGAGGCUGGCCGGGGGGACAAGCCUGCCUCCCCGCCGCUCAGAUGGCUCUGGACCUGGUGAACAGCAGGACCGACAUACUGCCCGACUACGAGCUGGAGCUGAUACACUACGACAGCAUGUGUGAUCCAGGUGAGGCCACCAAGCUGCUCUAUGACCUUCUGUACACGGAGCCCAUUAAAAUCGUGCUGAUGCCAGGCUGCAGCUCUGUGUCCACGCUGGUGGCUGAAGCUGCCCGCAUGUGGAACCUCAUAGUGGCACAACCUUUUGGCGAAGACGCAGGAGUGAAAGGCAACAAAAGAGUCCACUCUGUCAAAACUAGUUCCUGGACGGUGUGA